AUGAAGCUGGCGCCAUUGUUGGGAGGAGAGCCUCUCCCUGACAGAGCCUAUGUUUGGUGUCGGUUGGCGCUUCUCUAUCACUCCUUAGCCACAAAUGUGAAAAUAUUUGACGUGGAAAAACUUAACCUGUUCGAUGGAGACAUUAUUCUGAGCCGCGAGAACGUAGAUGUCAUCUUGGCUACAUUCUACCCUACGCCAGACCUGCAGUAUGCCGCCAUGGACGCUGCCCGUGACUACCAGAGACAUCGCUCUCGGGCGCGCCCCAAGAGGAAAGCGGUUGCAGACGGAUCACUGACAUGGGACAAUGCCUUGGUUCCCUUCAGCAUUGACGAUAAGCGAAUUGGCAAGCAUCAGAAAGAUGUUAUAUAUGAAGCUAUUUCUCAAUGGGAACAAAGUACGUGUGUCAGAUUCCAGGAACAACGAGGUCGAGCCUUUCAACCUCACGUCUACUUCAUGGGGGUUGGUGGCUGUUCGUCGUCCUUCGGUAGACAGUCUUCAGGCCAGUUCGUCUAUCUUGGAGAGGGCUGUGAUGUGGUUGGUAUAGCGGCUCACGAAAUCGGUCACGCUCUUGGGUUUUACCACGAGCAUGCGCGACCUGAUCGCGACCGAUACGUUUCGAUCUACACUGACAACGUUGGACAGAGAUAUCACCGUCAGUUUGUGAAAUCCGAGUGGACGAACGCCAAAACGUUCGGCAUCCCGUAUGACUACUCGUCGGUCCUGCAUUACUCUUCAACCACUUUCGCUGAGCAGAAACAAUCUAUUGUGACGAAAGACCCGGAAAUGCAGAAAGUCAUCGGCCAGAGGGAAGGCGUUUCAUUCUUUGAUAUAAAAAUGGCGAACAAAGUUUACUGUUCAGACCGGUGUGAGGGUCGUUCUUUGGAAUGGUCGGAGUGCGCACAUGGCGGGUACAGAAACCCCAACAACUGUUCUUCCUGUCUCUGCCCUCGAGGGUUGGCCCCACCCAGGUGUGAAAGCCCUGCCCCAGGGGUAAACGGUACGUACCACUUCAGGGCCUCUUCGCCAGGAAAGCAUAUAAAGCUGGAAUUUUCAGGAAAUUUUGAUUUCAACGAGGAAAGGGAGAACAGUGUUUGUUACGACUAUGUUGAAGUUCGUUAUAAAGGACUAGAGAGAGCAGGUCCGAGGUUUUGUGGUAGGGCAAGACCAACGAAGACGUUCAUCUCGCACGGUGAGGAAGUUCUCUUAUCUAUCAACACUGAUCCCCUAGCGUAUGGAAAACAAGGCUUCAGGGUGAAAUACAGCGAAGGUGGUGGAUCAUCAGGACAUCAGGUUAGAAUCGUUACACAACCACCAGUCAUUCCCUCCACCAGACGAUCAACUACAACAACGACAACAACAAGACGGCCAUAUCGAGCGUUCAUUUUUAACCGAUUGUUCACCCAGGCCCCUCGUAUUGCCAAGGUGGUGAAGGCGACGGCGGUGAGCUCCUGGGGUACUUGGAGUGCGUGGACAGCGUGUUCAGCCACAUGUGGGUUGUGUGGCAAACAGGAAAGACGCAGAAGUUGUCGAGAAAACAAUUGCAUGUAA